CCUUAUCAUUUAAGUGGUGUCAAUUUGUUUUAGUUCCUUUCUUACACUUUUAACAUGGCUUCAACUCAUCCUUAUAAUCAGAUUGUCUUGUUUGGAGAUUCAAUUACUCAGUUUAGUUUCGAUCCUCAACUGGCUGGUUUUGGUGCCCUUUUGGCUAAUAUCUACGUCAGAAAGCUAGAUAUCCUCAAUCGCGGAUUCUCUGGUUACAAUACAGAUUGGGCAUUGCCUAUUUUAAAACAAUUGCUACCUUCAGUGAAAGAACAACAGGAACAAGCAAAUUCCAUUCCUUUGAUGACGAUAUUUUUUGGAGCCAAUGAUGCAGCACUUCCCUUUUCCCCUCAGCACGUACCUUUAGAACGUUAUAAGUCAAACACUAAAGCUAUGAUUGAUCUUGUAAAGAACCCCAAAUCGCCUUUCUACAACCCCAAAAUGAGAAUUAUUUUGAUAUCUCCUCCUCCUAUCAACGAAGCUCAGUGGGAAAAGCGAUGCAAUGAACAAGGCGAUAAGUUAAACCGUACAAACAAAGCUGCACGUGCUUACGCUGAUUGUAUUAUGGAAAUCGGAAGAGAAACAAAUACGCCUACUGCUGACAUAUGGACUGAAAUUAUGGAUAAAGUGGAACAUCAUGAUAGACAGCUAUCAGACUUCUUGCUCGAUGGACUUCAUUUGAACAGCAAUGGGUAUCGGGUAACGAGUGAGAUUAAUAUUGUUUUCGCGCAUUUGUGUUAAUACAUCUUGUAGGAGUUAUACAAUCUUCUUUUGAAAAUCAUUUCUGACAAAUAUCCAGAAAUUCAUCCCGAUGCCGUAGGUUAUGAACUGCCAUAUUGGAAAGACCUGUUAAACUUCGAAAAUCCUGCUGAGCAACUUCAGUUUCCCUUAUUAGGAAAGAGACCGGCGGGAAUUUAAAUUUUCGACACAUGCUUUAACAUGUCAUUUAAAACCAAAUAUUUGUUGCCAUUAGCUUAUAUUUUAGUUAUGAAAUAAACUAGCUGAAAAGCAAAACACUAUAAAUAUAAAA